GUCUAAUUCAUUGCACUUACGUCUACGGUCUACUUUACUGACAACAACAGUGAUUAAGUUAUUUUAAAGUUGUGAAUGCAACAAUUUUAGAGAGAAAUUACAGUGGUCAGUUGAAAAAAAAGUUGAAUUAAGUCACUAUUUCAGUUUAUGAAUAUGAAGAGUUGAAGUCAAGUUGAAGAAGAGUGACCCUUUGCACAGAUGCCAGUACAUGGAUGCAGCAACGAACACUAAACAUACUACUACCAGAGAAGUAUAAUAUAAAUAGGUAGGACCUAGCCAUAGCCUAGCCUAACUUUAUAGAAAAAUAAAUUGUUAUUAUUUAGUAAGCCUGUGUUUAAUUUUAAAAAAGCAGUACAUUUUAUUUUUGGCAUCUGUCCGCUACAGUGUGACGAUGAUGUAGACUUCACCGGAUGAAAUUACAUGUCCUGGGAUUUUUAUUUUAUUUAAGAGGAUAAGCUGGUUACUUAGACAGCAAAUCACCUCUCUCCACGCAUCAGGUUAACCAAAAAGAACAUCAUGUCUGGAUGAUACAGCUUGGCACCAGUGGCAUCGAACAAAUUCUAGAAAUUUUCAUUGUUUUAUUGUCAUGCCACCUAUGGGACUCUAUCUUGGGAAUGAAUGCAGAGUCUUACUAAUUUUUAGAUGAGAAAAUCCAAGGUUAGCGAGUCCCAUCCAACUGGGGUGCUGGUAAUCUCUAGGCUUUUACAGAGGAUCGAACUCCAGUCCACAAGUUUGGAAUUGACUCAAUUUAGACAGUGGACCUAUAAUAAAAUAUAAAGUCAUUUAUCAGGUUUUACUCUUUAUGUUAUAUUUCAUAUUGUUUCAACCUGAAUGCAGUCCUCCCCAAGGGGUUCCCCGUGUUACACCUAUAAUAAGUAUAGUAAAGGUUAUAGCCAUCUACAUCAGAGCUCAGCAACCUUUUUUGAUUUCCUGCACUCUAGGCAUUUCCAGUAAUUCCUUGGCACACCAUAAGUAAUAACAUGCAAAAAUAUAUAUUAAAUAACAUAAUAUAGUUAACAUUCAUUGUGGUGUGUAAUUCCUAAGUUAUAUUAUUACAACAUUGAAUGGCUCUAUAUCAACUGUGUGUAUUUAGUGUCAGAUCUUCCUAUAAGCUAACUAAGCUACAGCUUAGGCUGCCGGCUAUAUAUUUACAAUUUUUCUUUGACCAGCUGAUGUAAUUUAAAGAAAUAGGGUGCCUCUUGACUUUGUAUAGCUUAGGGCCUUAGGAAGACUACCUCUGGGCCUGUCUGUAUUAGACAAAUUUCUGUUAUCCCACAGUUUGACAGCUUCUCAACAAUGAUACCUACAUACAGACAUGUACUUUGUGCUUUUCCUCCACUUUGAGGAAUUUUGCCCAGCGGCACACCUGGCAUCAUCUAGCAGCACACUGGUAUUUCGCAAAACACCAGUUGCAGAGUUCUGAUUUUAGCUAUAGGCAGCUUAGACCUAUUUUAUGUUAAUAUUUUUAUUAUUAAUUUAGCCCCAAUUUUUUAAUUUGAAAUUAUUGAACUUAACUGGGUAGUUUGUUUGAAACUCCUUUUAGGUGCCAUCCAUGUUGGCAAAUACCUUGGAGGAAGAGGGGGGAAGAAUGUAUUUAUGAUGAGUGCUUUUUAAUACGAGUGACAAUUUUUGACAAUUGGGGUAGGGAAAUAUGUAAAAAAAAAAAAGUCAAACAGCAUGACUUUAUUUAUGGAUGACCCCUUAGAAACCGUGACUUUAUUUAUGGAUGACCCCUUAGGAAACCACUUAUACCUGUCAAUUUAAAAGAAAAGAAACAUGAAAAAAAUCCUAAGUAAGACUAUCAAGGAUGAUAAUUUUAUGAUCAACCAUUUUUAUGCAAAAGUGACUACCAAAAAGUUUAUAGUGAGUACUUGCAUAGUUAUGAUAUGAAAAUAUUACACUAAUAAUGAUUUGGACUAAAUAAUAUAUAAUAUAGCAUAUAAAUAUAAACCUUUCACCUAUAUAUGUUAUUUUGUCUAAAUUCUAUUAAUAAUUAUAUGUGUUGGACUGUUUAACUUCUUAGGCCAGAGAUUCACAAUUGGUGGGACAUGGUACACUAGUGUGCCACAAGAUAAUGGUAGGUGUGCAGAGCAAAAUGCCUUCAGGAUGAGGAAAAGUACAUUCUUAAAGUUAAAGAGGAUAAAACUGUCUUGGUACAUAAGGGACAUUACCCAGCUGGUACACAUGGCAGCAACAUUAAUCUGUUCAAUUGUGACAGUUAAGAUGGAACAAUACAGUGUAAUCAGAUACCUUUGAGCAUUAAACAGCAUUUUGAAUGUUAAUUGUAAUUUGUUAUUUAAUUUAAAAUUUAUUCUGGCUCAUGUUAAUUUCAAGUGUUCAAUUUACUUGUUGUGUGCCAUGUAGUUCUCUGAGGGGCCUAGGAUUUGCCAAGCAUGACAAAAGGUUGCAGAAGUCUGCUCUAGGCUACAGUCUAGCUCUUAGCAAAAACGAACUGAUCCUAUCUAUGAACUAUGAUUAUGCUUUUACUAUGUUAAAGGUACUGUCAUUUUCUAGUUAACAAGACAUGUAAAAAUAUUCAAUUUCUUAUUUAUCCAAGAGAAGCAUUUGAGUAUCAACUCUUCCUAUUUUCUUUUUCCAUAUUAACUAAUUUAAAUUUUAAUUAUAAUUGAUUUCUUUUACUCUCAUAAGCAAUCAAAUGAAGAUAUUUAUACUUGCUAAGUGUUACGAUUGCUCUUUUUUUGCACAUAGUUCUUAACUUAUUUGGAUAUGUCUGUUUAGUAAAAUAUUAUUUUGGAAAAUAUACAUACAUUGAGCUUGUUCAUUGGUACAGUAAAGUUUCUGAGAGUAAAAUUAAAUAUUGAUUAUCCGUAAUAUGGUUAAUAUUAAAAUGUGCUUUUCUGUAAAAGUAACUACCACUUAAUAAACAAAAUAAUUUAAGUGAACAAAGAAAAUAUUAUCUCUUUUUUUUUUCCUUUCAGAAUUUACUUGUAUACAAGUAAUACAACUGAUCAUUAAUAAAAAUUGACUUUUGCCAGCUAAUUUUUUUGCCUUUACUGAAUCAACAAAUGGAGAAUAAAAAGUAUUAUUAUGGAUCUUAUGAUAGCCAUAGGCGUCUGGAAUCAAGACCAAUAGCUAAUAAUUUAGUGCAAAUCAUAAAUAAUACUAAUAGGGGUUAUUUAGAUCUGCAAGCCAUUAUGGAUACCCUUCGAGUGUCUGAUCGAGAGUAUCUUUGGAAAGUAUUGAAUGAUCAUAAAGACAAUUUCAGAAUUGAUGAACGAAAUAAAAGAGCAUCUCAACUGAAUGGUACUGAGUUAGUGAAUGUUUUUACAAAGCUUACCUUAUGUGAGACACACUGCCGACAAGCAGCUGAUGGCCGUAACAGAAAUUGCAAUGGACGCUGUGAAGCUCUUCAUCUAUGCAGAACCUUUCUCCUUUGUUCUGAAGAUGCAUGUACUUUUCAUAAGAGCCGAAAUUGCAUGUUCGGUCAUGACUUUGAUACACCUCAUAAUGCCCCUCUUUUAAGGGAGCAUAAUUUGGACAGAUUGGAUGACAAUGAAUUGCGAAGACUUUUUAGAAGACCAUCUUCAAGAAGUAAAACAACUAUGCCACAAGUAUGUAUUUACUAUAAUGAUAUUAAGGGGAAAAGAUGUGCUAAUGAAAAAUGCAAAUCAUUGCACUUGUGCUCUGAUUACAUAGAAGAUCACUGCUUUUAUGACUGCCCACGAAAUCACAAUCUUUCUGACAAACAAGUGAAAAAAAUACUUGAUCUUUUUGGAAUUGACAGUUCUUGGAGAGAGCCUUUACUUUUAGAACAUUUGAUGAGAUUUAAUAAUUCACGUAAGUUUGAUAUUUUAAUAAAUAAUUUUAAAAUGUAUCAUAAAUUUUUCUUUUAUGAGUGAAAAUGGCUGUCUUAUUGUAAUAAGUACAUAUUGAUAUUUAUCCAUUAUUCUGUCCAUACACUCAUGUCUUUGUCCUCAAAUUAAUUAAGGUAAAGAUUUACAAUUUUUAUUGAAAAAAAAAUCAUUGAACAUAAAAUAUAAAAAAAAUAUUGCAUCUUUAAGUCCUAGUCCUAGUCAGUGGUUGUUUGACUUGGCUCAAAACACAAGGGGAAGGAGAGAGCCCUUUAGAAAUAAUUCAAAUAAAAUAAAAAGUUUUAGAUUGCUAUUUAUUCAUGGCCACUUUCAUGUCUGAUAAAAUGUUUUUUUAAUAUUUAUGCUUAUUUUUUUUACAUUUCUUCAUCCACAAAAUUUUAAAAUUAAUAAAGUUUUUAAUAAAAUGGACUUGAAAUUUUUUUUAAAUUUUCAUUUUGUUCUCAUGGAUUAGGACGUCAAGCAGGCAAGAGUGAUGAUGAUAUAAGCUCCUAUAAAGGCAGUGAAUAUAAUACCUCAUAUAUUCGAGGUGCUACAUCAGUAUCAAAUUAUACUCAUUUAAAGCGCAAGCGUAAAAGUUCAUCAGGUGAAGAAGAAGGUAACUUAUUCAAAAUAACUAUUGAGAAUGAUUUUUACAUCAAAAUUCCAAAUGUAACCCUUUUUUUCAUCAUCACUUACAACUCAACAUUUAAGAAAAGGCAAGCAGUUUCCCUGCUUGAACAUCCUCAACAAAGCAAUUUCAAUUUCUGGAGGUUUUAAAAAACAAAACGCUUAAAAAAAAAAUUACUUAUUAUUUAUUUUAUAUAAAUAGUCAUCAACAGAAACUCAAAGGUGAUCCAGGGCGACAUUUCGUUGUUAUUCUAUUUUAAAAAUAAAUGUCAUACAUUUAUUUAAGUACUAGUAGGCCUAGAAAUAUAAAUAAUAACAUGGAAUUUAACUUCUAUUUAAAUAGCUGUAGCGCCAUUGAUAGACCAAGAUGUUAAUUAAAAAUAAAUAAAAAUGUCACCUGAUUUACUGGACAUAGUAUAUGAGGUCAGGCAGUCACUCAAUGUUGGCAUUUUUAUUCUGCAAUAUGGGGUUCUGUUUAUCACAUCUUCUUAGGAAAUAUGCUUGGAGAAAAAAUGUGUUUUGAGGAACAAACUUUUAAGAAAAACUAUCAAUAUUUGAAGCUGAAUCCUUUAUUUCACUUAUUUCAAAUAAGAUCUGUAAAAAAUGCCACUGUUUCCUCAACAUGGGGAACUCAUUAGGUUCACUAUUUAUUUAUCUUUAAAAAUCCACUUAAAUUAAUAUGCUUAUUGGUGUGGUUUUUCUUCAUGUAGUGGACUCUGAGGGUCAGCUACCUGCCCACCCGAGCUUUAUUUUAAAAACCGUUUGUAAGACGGUUUCUCUUUUGUGUUCUCAGAUAAUAGGAUGUCAAGCAGCUCAGCUUGUCCAGGAUGUACAAUGUUACAAAAAGAAGUUGAAGAACUAAAGAAAGAGGUGUUCUCACUGAGGACAGAUGUACUGGAGUUAAAAGUAAUACAUUUAUCAUGCUUUAAAUGUUAUUAUUUUGACCUUAAUUCCUGUCAAUUAUUAUUUCUGUACAUUAUAUAAACAUGAUGUAGUAUGCUACUAUCAUUUGCCAUUCACUAAAAAUAAUAGUAUAUAAAACUUUGGUUCACAUUAGGAUUUAGAAAUGAAAGCAGUCCCAUAAUUUCCUAAAAUGGCAACAUGUGGCUGUAAUUCCUGUAAAUGAUGUUCAUCCAUUUAGUUUCGCUUUAGAUUUUUUAAAAAGAUGCAUAAACAAUCAUGUACACUGUCAACAACUACCUAUCAUAUAGCGCUGACUUAGAACCUACUGGGGAAAAUGUACUUCUUAGACAUCCAGGGAAUACUAAAAUAUAUAUAUAUAUACCAAUAUAAUAUAUAUGUAAAAGAAAUAUAUUAUAAAUUAUUUUAUUUUUAAAAAAAUGUGAUAGCUCUCAUUAAAAGUAGACUGUGUUUGAUGUUUAUGACUACUACAUUUCAAUAACAUUUAAUUCAGAGUAUUGCUUGAUUUCUUCAGCAGAAAGAUAAAAAAACGCACAGCGCUAAUGAUUCAGGAAACUCGUCAAGUGAGCGUACUUUGUCUGGUAAUCCAUUAUGCAUGCCGGCUAGCUCAAUUAACUUCAUUGAAUCACAUGAGGAGGUUGGAAGCUCACAGGUAAAAAGGACCAGGGAAGAUGAUGAGUUUGAUAUUGACUAAAUUUUUCUCCAGUUGCUUUGGAAACUGAAACUGUAACUGAAUUUGUGUGUAAUAUACAGGGAUUUUGAAGAGGUCCUAAUUAUAUAAGAAAGCAGUAUCUAAAUCUUUAAAAAAAAAUACAGCAGCUUUUUAAAAUUUGUUUUUGUAAGGUAUAAUUUUUAACUCUGUAUGUGAAGUAACUAUGAGAUUUGUUAAUAAGCGCAAACCAACAUUAUUGGUAAGUCAAAUGUGAAAAUGUAUUAUUGUUGAGAGUAAAAUACAAUUAAAAAUAUAUAACUUUAAGUCCUAGUUUGUCUAGUAUAUGCCAAUUGUCACAAAGUUAGCUUGUGAGCUAAAUUAUUUAGUUUAAUCUAAGUGGAUUUGUAAAAUAUUAUAAAAACUUGUGCUCUUUUAAUGUCACUUUUUAAACCUCUUGAUGGCGUGCUCAAAGCACAUCGGUCAGCAGUGUUUUCUUUUACCUUAAUAUUAUAAAAAACAAAUAAUUUCAGUUGCUAAAAAGUUUUUUUAUGACUAACCUUCAGAUAUGCUCAAAGGUAACAAUAUAUAUAUUUGUAUGGCUGUUUUGAUUAUCUUAACUGGAAUGUUGAGAUAUCCUCACAGGUAACAUGGUACGGUAUAUAUUUUUAUGGCUAUUUUGUUUAUAGCUGGUUAUUUAAAAUCAAAAUUUUUUUGUUGAAAAAAGUCAACAUUGAAAAAAAAAAUGAACCUGUGAUUUUAAUUUGACCCAUUGAAAUGGAAAAGCUAGCUCAGCAUAUACGAAAAUUGACCUUUAAACAGCUCUGAAGAGUUUGAAGGAAAAUUGUAGGAAACUUUAGACAACCAUUUAUCAGAAUCAUUAUCUUAUGUCACAUGUUUAUUGUAGCCAAUAAUUAUUUCAACUAUUCAAGCAUUAUGUAAAUAAAUGUGUUGUGUAACUUAACAUAUUUUCUAUUUGUAGCUUUAGUGUUUUUUCAUUCUGACGCAGUUUGUAAACCACCCAUUUAACCAAAGUUAUUUUGAAAGUAAACCUGCUGGUACAUUCUGGUUUAUUUAAGCCAUUAAUCUCACCAAACAAGCAUUGUUUUUUUUUUUGCAAGCACAUCUGUGCAAUUAUUUUAUUUAAACUAUGAAUCUCAUCAACCAGAGCCUGCAUGUAUCAGUUGUCACCAACCAGAGCCUGCAUGUAUCAGUUCUCACCAACCAGAGCCUGUAUGUAUGUUCUCACCAACCAGAGCCUGUAUGUAUGUUCUCACCAACCAGAGCCUGCAUGUAUCAGUUCUCACCAACCAGAGCCUGUAUGUAAGUUCUCACCAACCAGAGCCUGUAUGUAUGUUCUCACCAAGCAGAGCCUGUAUGUAAGUUCUCACCAAGCAGAGCCUGCAUGUAUCAGUUCUCACCAACCAGAGCCUGCAUGUAUCAGUUCUCGCCAACCAGAGCCUGUAUGUAAGUUCUCACCAAGCAGAGCCUGUAUGUAUGUUCUCACCAACAUGAGCCUGCAUGUAUCAGUUCUCACCAACCAGAGCCUGCAUGUAUCAGUUCUCACCAACCAGAGCCUGUAUGUAAGUUCUCACCAACCAGAGCCUGUAUGUAUCAGUUCUCAUCUCAGAUGAAUUUUUUUCCCUAGCAGUAUUAUCUCAUUUGCCCAGCUCUAUUCUCAUUAGAGAUCUCUGCCUGCCACCUCUUUCACAACAUUGCUCAUCUCAUUGACGUAAGGAUCUUUACAGAGCGGUCUUUAAGAACUGUUCUGCACUUUUAUAAAGAAUUUUUCUCAAAGUGUUGAAUUAGGAACAACCAAUUACGUGUAAAACUUCAAUAAUAUCAAUGUUGGAUACCUGGAUAUCUGCCCCAAUAUUGUUGGAGAUCUGUUAAAAAAUUGAUUUUUUCAGCCAAUGACGUACAAGUACUAUACAGUAAUUAUACCCUUUUCAAUAAAUAUUGGGGAAAAAAAUUGUACAAUUAAGUUUUCUUUCUAACAUUAGGACCAAGCCUUAAAAAAAUAACCGAAAUAAACCUAUUUAAUAUAUCAAAUUUGAACAUUUUCUAGGAUAACUCAUGAAGAAACAAUAAUGUUCUGAAGUUAUGAUGCCUUAAUUCUUCAAAAGUAUUUUACAUUUUUAAUGCCAUAUUAACAAGAAUUCUUUCUUUAAAACUUUUGCAUGUAGCUUACUUGAAGAUGAUAUCUUUUAGGUACCGGUAAUGAUACACUUUUGGCUAAAAUCACUUUUUAAUUUAAAAAAAUAAACACAAUUGGCAUUCAACAUUUAAAAUUAUAAUUGAAUUCAUGGAUGCUAUGUUACAUUGUUAUUUUGAAAUGUUAGAGAUUAUUUAAAAAAAAAACAAUUAUAUAUGUUGGCC